UUAUGUUUACUGUUUGUGAAUGUGAAUUUCAUUUUCCAGUUUUCACAAAAAAAAAGCCAAAGCUCGUCAAUAAUUGGUAGUGUUUAUUUUGAAAUAGUUGUGAUACUAAAAUUAAAUUAGUAUAUGUUACCUACUAAAGCGUGCUGUAAACAUGAAUGUGGACGACAUAGAAAAACUGAGUUGCAAGGAAGAAAUCUUUGAAGUGAGUGAUGUAGAGCCCUCUGCCAGUGAAGAUGUCAAGAUAAAUGAGGGGAAGACUAUCAAAAAGAGAAGGCGGAGACGCAGGGAAAUUGACUUGAUGUCGGAGGGAGAUGAAACAGAAGACGAGGGUCUGAACAAGAAGCUGUACCGCAGACUGAGCCCUGCCCCCGGCCCGCACUCCCCAGCCUCGCACAGGGAGCCCAGGACAUGUGUAUUGAAGGCGAGCCAGAAGCGUCGGCCGCUCUCCCGCCUGUUGGAGCAGCUUCUCCGCAACCUGGAGAAGCGCGACCCGCACCAGUUCUUCGCGUGGCCGGUCAACGACAACUUCGCGCCCAACUACUCCGUCAUCAUCAAGCGCCCCAUGGACUUCUCCACCAUCAAACAGAAGAUAGACGACAACGAGUACAGAUCGCUCAAUUGCUUUAUUAGUGACUUCAAGCUGAUGUGCAACAACGCGAUGAAGUACAACAAGCCGGGCACGGUGUACCACAAGGCGGCCAAGCGCCUGCUGCACGCGGGCCUCAAGCAGCUCACGCCGCAGAAGCUGCGCCCGCUGGGCGACAUCCUCACCUACAUGUACGAGAUACCCAUCCGGGAGCUGGGCUUCGACAUUGGCAAGAUGGAUGUGCCAUUACGGACAUACGGUCGAAAGCAUAAGGUGCUGAAACGCAGCAGCCCGCUGAAGUCGGGCGGCUCGGAAGCGGAGGUGGUGUCGGAUGGUGGACCCGACAGACAGGAUGGAGACAGCGUCAAGAUACAGAUGGAGGCGGCGCGCGAACAGCAUAGGAAAAGACUCGCUAAGAAAGCUUUCCCGCGAAUGGAUGCGGAAGGCAAGACCACGUUGAAGCUGGUGACGCACACCGUGGAAGGCGCGGGGGAAGACAAACCCAUGACCCUGGGACAGUACAUCGGAAAACUGGCGCAGGGGACGGGUUCUCUGCAUACCACUCGCGAGGACCGGCGCAACAUGGCCAAGUGUGUCAAACCUCUAAACUACGGACCCUUCAGCUCCUACGCGCCGGCUUACGAUGGCACCUUCGCUUCUCUCACCAAGGACGAGUCGCAUCUCAUCUACCACACGUUACCAUCAGAAACGGGUCAAGGCAACGAGGAGAUGUUGCGUUUCGCGGCCGACUCGCCGUGGCAACACAUCUACGACAUGGAGGCCCUGUUCCCCGACAAGAAGGCGCAGCCCGACACGCCCGCGCCUAAGGAAGACAACGAUCUAUCCAAAGUUAAGGUUGAUAUCGAGCAGCUGCGUUCCCUGUCCGAGCUGGGCAUAGACGUGGACUUCUUGAGCGAGAUAGAGGAUGACGUGAAGCAAGCGCAGCACGACUACGGGCUCGCGUCCGCGCUGCAGCACACCUACCAGCUGCUGGCCAAGCUGGAGAAAGAACAGAGGGACCGUCUGUCAGCGACGGUGCCAUGGCACCUGUCGCAGUGCGCGCGCGCGGGCGGGGCGGAGCGCGAGGCGGCGCGGCUGGCGGCGGCGUGGCUGCGCGGCAUGCUGGCGCGGGUCCCUCCGCAUACCGUGGCGCCGCUACCCGCUAUACGCGCCGCCAUGGGCGUCACCUUAGAGCAUCUGGACACUCCGAUGGCCGUGGACGACUUCGAGCUGGAGAUGAACGAGCAUCGCGACACCGUCUCCGACCCCGACUCGCGCUCCAGCCACGACAAGUGAACAGACUGACUCAUAUCUAUAGACUGUACUAUAUCCACGGAAAGAACUUAGUAUAGCACUCUCUCUGUUAUGUGAUCCCAUACAAAUGACAGAGACAAAAAUCUCAGUGGGCGUUAAGACCCCGCUUACACUAAAACCAAAAAAUGUAAGAUUUCAAGUUCCAAAUUUACCAUCAUACGAAAGACACAUAAUUGAGUACAUGUAUAAAAUUGAAUUCUUUGGUAUUGACAUUUAAUGUAUCGUAUUUACAAAGACUGUGUGUCAUAUUAUAUACAAUCAUAAACAUGUUUUCAAAGAGCAUUCGAAAUGCAAUUCAAAAAACUUUUGAAAUUCAAUUCGAAAACAUGGUUUCGUUUGUGAUUGGUUUUUGACUCAAAAUAAUUAACGCCCACGGAGACUUUUGGCUCUGUCAUUUGUAUGGGUGCGUAACAGAGAGAGUGAUAUGCUAACUUCCUUCCUCGGAUAGACUAGUAUAUUUUAUUUUAUUUUAAGCUUUUAUCUAUUACUUUUUAAUAUGUAAAUAAACAAUGAAUAUUU